GUGCCGAGCACAUCUGCUUUGAACGAGAUGUCGAGCAUGUGAGGCCAGGAAACUGGAUUCACACAGGCCAGGGCCGCGGAGCCUACGAGAAAAUAGAGGACAUGCAGUUCGUCGGCCAGGGACGAGGCAGCUGGGACCGUGAACGGCUUCCCGUUUACGGCUGGCGCUGCAACAUCUGCUGCCUCUGCUUCUGCGGCUUGCUGCUUCUCGCCGUCAUUGUGUCGCUCGUGAUGGGCAUCUUCUGGAGGCAGUGGACCUUCGCCGCAGACCACCAUCCACACUCCGAUGCUCUGCAGAUUCAGUUCGAUUGCGCACUGGACUACUUCCAUUGGGAGACUGUCUGGACUGAUGAGAAAAAAGCCUUCUGCUGCGCACAGCUGGGAAAAGGUUGCGCGGUCACCACGCAAGCGCCUGCGUUCGACUGCGACGCAGCCUACGACAACUGGCAUGCUGCCUGGUCCAAGGCCAAGAAGGUCCAUUGCUGCGCAACGGAGCAGAGGGGUUGCUCAGGCGAUGACUGCUAUGAGGACGACCAGGACACCUGGACCGAUGCGAAGCGAACCUGGUGCUGCCAGAAGCAUGCCCUGGGCUGCCCGAAGGACGACUACGACUGUCGUGCUGGGGUCACGAACUGGCGGCACGGUUGGAGCGAGUCCAAGAAGUACUUCUGCUGCAAGAAGUAUGAUGUCGCCUGCCCGGACUCAGUGGUUUACGACUGCAGCUCGGGGAUUCCGAUCCAUUGGCCAUCAGCGAAGCAGGCUUGGUGCUGUCAUCACGGUGGCCACUGUGCAACUACUACUUACGACUGCACUGCAGGCUACGCUGACUGGCAGUCUCGUUGGUCAGAUGCCAAAGCUGAUUGGUGUUGCAGCCACGAGCAAAAGGGUUGCCAAGAGAUGGGCACUUCCGUCACGGAGGUCGUGCAUCACGUCCCGGUGCCGGUCCCGGUGCCCGUCAAACAGACGCACGUGGUCUACCACAGCCAUCCAGUUCCUGUGCCCGUGGUGGUGCAUGAUGUGGUGCAUGUGCAUCAGCAUCACGGCUACGACUGCUGGCAUGGGGCCGACUGGUCUCCAGCCAAGAGGCACUACUGUUGUUCACAACACAACCUGGGCUGCUCGUCCCACGUGCACGUAGUUCACGUCUACCACCACGUUCGCGGGCAUUUUGACUGCCAAGCAGGGCAGUCAAGCUGGCAGGUAGGAUGGUCCGUUGCCAAGAAGCACUGGUGCUGCGUGCAGUACAUGGUGGGCUGUCCGGAGGACUCUGGUGCCUCACCUUCAGUGACGCAUAGUGUCGUCCACACUUAUGAGAACGGUGAUGACUUCCCCAGCGGAUCAGUGGAUGGCCUUGUCGGUGGCGUGGCGGAUGGCGACUUAGCCGGUGGCUCCGUCAACGACGAUUUUACCAGUGAGACAGAGGAGGGUGACUCUGUGGAUGGUGACAUCGUGGAAGGCUCCGGCGUUCCGACUGAGUCCUCGGUGGAGGUACCCGCAGUGGAAUCGGAGGAAUCCGACUCCGUGUCUGAGGGUCUGGGUAGCGAAGGCUCUUCGGGGCAUCCGUUCCUAGCCACUCCCCUCGGCGAUGAAGUGACAGAGGACGUCACAGACGAGGCGAAGAAGUGA